AUUUAGGGGUCGUAUCAGACAUUUCACAUGUGAAUGUUAGCUCCGCCACUUGAGUCAAAUUUGAGUUUAGUUCCACAAACAAUUUUCCACAAAACUUUCAAGUUCCUUGAAUUUCUCCACCAUGACGAAAGAGAAGGUAUACUUCAGCCAGAAGAAGAAGGUCGAUCCGGGACCCUGUGCCCCGCUGCGUAACAUACGAACAUUGAACAUGGGCGGCAACAUUGAGCAACGUCCCUGGACGCCAACGGUGCGUACGGGCAGAAUAGCCGCAGAGACAGCCACGCCAGGGCCAGCCAUUGUGCAGCUACCCACAUUGAUUGGCAGCAAAGUGCCGGACUCCAAAAAGAAGGGCGCUCCCUCGUACUCCUUUGGCCAUAAGCUGGGCAGCAAGUACGAGACCUUUGGCCCCGGACCCGCUCAGUACAAUGUGACGGGCUUGCGGUCCAAGGGCAAGGAUUAUCCACGUGCAGCCACCCUACAGAGUCGUCCCAAGGAGCUGACGCGCUUCUCGAAUCCGGGACCCGGUGAAUACAAUGUGCAGCCAGCGGCCAAGGCAGUGAUCGAUGCCACGCCCAUGUACACGUUCGGCCAGAAGCCGCCCGAUGCCAAAUUUAGCCUGAUUCCAGGUCCCAACCAUUAUCAAGUGGUGCCGCUUGAUGUGACCAAGCGGCGUGCACCGCGCUAUUCCUUUCGCAUUAAGGUUAACGUUUACAUUGUUAACAAUCCAGCUCCGAAUAGUUAUUGCCCUGAAAGGGUCACGCAAUCAAAAAAGAAUGCGCCACGCUACACAUUCGGUAGACGAACUAAAAUCCAACACGAUCAAUUUACACCAGCUCCUGGCGCCUAUAGCCCCGAAAAAGUGAAUCCCCACAAGACGCCAGAGUUUAGCUUCGGCAUCAAGCACCACGAACAGAAGCCCGACUAUACGCCAGCGCCUGGCUGCUAUAAGCCUGAACACUUUGGCCAAGAACACAUGCCCUCGUACAGCUUUGGGCUGAAGACAAAGCACACUCAAGUCAGUGAGACGCCAGCACCCGGUGCCUACAGUCCCGAAAAGUCAAAGCUACACAGCACACCCGCUUACACGAUCACUGGCAAAGGCAAUCACGACGUAGUCGAUGCCACACCCGCGCCCGGCGCAUACGAACCCGAGAAGUGCGUGCUGAACAAGACGCCAGCCUUCACGUUUGGCCAUCGCGUGAAUCUGGUCAGGGCCAGCGAUACACCAGCACCGGGCACCUAUCAGCCGGAGAAGGUGCGUCUGGAUCACACGCCCUCGUACACACUGUCGGGGCGGCAUGAGCUCAAGUGUGUGAGCGAGACGCCAGCGCCCGGUUCGUAUGCACCGGAGAAAUAUCGCGGCGAUCGCACGCCGGCCUUCACCUUCGGGGGUAAGCACGAGCAGAAGCUCGACAGCUCCACACCGGCACCAGGCGACUAUUGUCCCGAAAAAGUACGGCACGAUCACAAUCCAGCUUACUCAUUCGCCGGUCGCCACGACCCACACAAGACGAGCGACACACCCGCCCCAGGGGCCUACGAAACGGAAAAGGUUAGGCAGGACCACAAUCCUUCGUUCUCCUUUGCCGGUCGUCACGAUCUCCAUAAACCAAGUGAUACACCAGCUCCGGGGGCUUACUCACCGGAGAAAAACCGACAAGAUCACAAUCCCUCUUUCACGAUGGCAGGAAAACACAUCCAAAAGAUUGCCAAUGGUACACCCGCUCCUGGGGACUAUUGUCCUGAGAAAACCCGUCUAGACAACACUCCUUCGUACAGUUUUGGUGGCAGGAAUGAUCCUAAGGUGGAGAAUAAUACUCCAGCCCCUGGAGAUUAUCAUCCAGAAAAGGUCAGGCAGGAUCACAAUCCUUCCUACUCCUUCGCGGGUCGUCACGAUCUUUCAAAGCCCAGUGACACACCAGCCCCUGGAGCUUACGCUCCCGAGAAAGUCAGACAGGAUCACAAUCCCUCCUUUUCAAUGGCUGGCAAACACAUCCAGAAGAUUGCCAAUGGCACUCCUGCACCUGGUGAUUACUGUCCAGAGAAGUGUCUUACGGACAGCGCUCCUUCCUAUAGUUUUGGUGGAAGGAAUGAUCCGAAAGUAGAGAAUAAUACCCCUGCUCCAGGAGACUACCAUCCCGAAAAGACUAGACAAGAUCACAAUCCCGCCUUCUCUUUCGCCGGUCGCCAUAAUCUUCACAAGCCAAGUGAAACACCCGCACCUGGAGCUUAUGCUCCCGAAAAAGUAAGACAGGACCACAAUCCCUCCUUUUCGAUGGCUGGAAAACACACACAAAAGAUCUCGAGCGAUACACCAGCUCCUGGUGACUAUUGUCCAGAGAAAACCCGACUGGACAACACUCCUUCGUAUAGUUUUGGGGGAAGGAAUGAUCCCAAGAUUUCCAAUGACACGCCUGCUCCGGGAGAUUAUCAUCCCGAGAAUGUUAGGCAAGAUCACAAUCCCUCUUACUCUUUCGCUGGUCGUCACGAUCUUUCCAAGCCCAGCGAGACGCCCGCUCCUGGUGCUUACUCACCGGAGAAAACCCGUCAAGAUCACAACCCAUCCUUUACGAUGGCUGGAAAACACAUUCAAAAACUGUCUAAUGGCACUCCUGCUCCUGGUGACUAUUGUCCAGAGAAGUGCCUUACGGACAGCGCACCUUCCUACAGUUUUGGGGGAAGAAAUGAUCCUAAAGUAGAGAAUAAUACUCCAGCCCCCGGAGACUAUCAUCCCGAGAAUGUUAGGCAAGAUCACAAUCCUUCUUACUCAUUCGCGGGUCGUCACGAUCUUCAUAAACCAAGUGACAAUCCAGCUCCUGGGGCUUACUCUCCGGAGAAAAACCGACAAGAUCACAACCCCUCCUUCUCAAUGGCAGGAAAACACAUCCAAAAGAUUGCCAAUGGCACACCCGCUCCUGGUGACUAUUGUCCCGAGAAUUGUCUUACGGACAACGCACCUUCCUACAGUUUCGGUGGCAGGAAUGAUCCUAAGGUGGAGAAUAAUACUCCAGCCCCCGGAGAUUAUCAUCCCGAGAAUGUCAGACAAGAUCACAAUCCCUCUUACUCAUUUGCGGGUCGCCACGAUCUUUCAAAGCCAAGUGAUACCCCUGCCCCUGGAGCUUACUGUCCCGAGAAAGUGCGACAAGAUCACAAUCCAUCCUUUACGAUGGCUGGAAAACACAUCCAAAAGAUUGCCAAUGGCACACCCGCUCCUGGUGACUAUUGUCCAGAGAAAAGUCGUCUUGAUAAUCCUCCUUCGUACAGUUUUGGGGGAAGGAAUGAUCCAAAGGUUUCCAAUGAUACACCCGCUCCUGGGGACUACCAUCCCGAGAAUGUUAGACAAGAUCACAAUCCUGCCUUCUCUUUUGCGGGUCGUCACGACCUGUCCAAGCCAAGUGAAACCCCUGCCCCUGGAGCAUACUUCCCGGAGAAGUUGCGGCAAGAUUACAAUCCAUCGUACACAUUUGCCGGUAAGCACGAGCCGCAGGCCACGUCCGAGACCCCGGCGCCUGGAGACUACAGCCCUGAAAAGGUGCGACUUGACCACACACCCGCUUACAGCUUUGGUGGCAAAUACGACCCCAAGGCGGUGAACCAUCAUCCUGCGCCAUGCGACUACGCGCCCGAGAGAGUACGCCUCGACCAUACACCCGCCUACACAAUUGCAGGUCGUCCGACCCACGAGCAUGUGACACACACACCGGCGCCGUGCGACUACUUCCCCGAACACUGUCAGCCGGACAGCACGCCGGCCUUUACCUUUGGCAUGAAGCUGACGCGGGAACGCAUCAGCGAUACACCAGCACCCUCUGCCUAUGAGCCGGAGAAGCACAACACACAGCAUGCACCAGCGUACACCUUCGGCUCGAGAUCCGAGAUCAAAGUAACCACCGAUGCACCAGCCCCGGGCACCUAUCACCCAGAGCAUUCCCGCUUCGACAGCUCGCCGUCGUAUAGCUUCGGCCUGAAGACGCUGCCCAUGCCAUCGCUGCCAGAACAUAGAGGCCCGUACAUCGAAGAUCGCAUUCUGCAAAGACGCGAACGACGCUUGGCGAGUCCCGUGCGCAACAAUGGCGACAGCACCAACACCACGACAAUCACCACCACCACCACCACAAAGACCACAGUCAAUGGUGUGGAACAGCCAGCGGUGACCAAGGUGAAUGGACACUCCGAGCCACUAGCACCACUUGCACAUAACACACUCAGCAAUGGCAAUCAGCACCACAGCACCACCAAGGUAGUGACAACCCGAGAAAAGCAAUUGAUCCAUGGCCAGUCGGAGCAGGGCAAUGUGAAGGUGGUGGCCAGCGGUAAGUCGGAUGCCAGCGCCAUGAAAGCGGCCAGUGCCAGCACCAGCACCGUGGUGCAGUCGGAUGGGGCAAUUGUGACCAGCGCGAGGUCCUCGCGGAUCAGCACUGUGAAGUACGCUGUGGAGGCGAGCAGCGUGCAGGAGAAGAUCAUCAGCUCCUAAUGUCUACAAAAUCCCCACCGUCUUGGGCAGCAGCAAGGAGGGCAAAAUACGCUCGGCACCGGCCUACACCAUGGCCGGGCGCGAGAAGCCGCCACUAAUACCGGCCCUGGUCAUGCCCGGACCCGGCUACU